UGGGGUCAGGGUGGAGGCCGGCCACUCCGAGAUCCUAACUCGGAGGGAAGUGACAGCCCGUGGAGUCAACCUCUAUCCACUACGCGCUCCUACGCGGCCCAUCUCUGGGGGUCGGAGAGGGGCGGCGGCAGGGUCAGGGGCCGCACAAAGAAUGAACCAGCAAUGGAAGAGAAAAUUCUGGAAGCUGCCUGACUGCUGGUGAAGAUGUUUUAUUUUUGUGGCAGACAUCUGUGGGAUCUGUAAUAGAAAUAAUGGCUGGCUGUGGAGAAAUUGAUCAUUCGAUAAACAUGCUUCCUACGAAUAGGAAAGCGAAUGAAUCCUGUUCUAAUACCACACCUUCUCUAACAGUCCCUGAAUGUGCCAUUUGUCUGCAAACAUGUGUUCACCCAGUUAGUCUGCCCUGUAAGCAUGUUUUCUGCUAUCUUUGUGUAAAGGGAGCUUCAUGGCUUGGAAAGCGAUGUGCCCUUUGUCGACAAGAAAUUCCUGAAGAUUUCCUUGAUAAACCAACCUUGUUGUCACCAGAAGAACUCAAGGCAGCAAGUAGAGGAAACGGUGAAUAUGCAUGGUAUUAUGAAGGAAGAAAUGGUUGGUGGCAGUAUGAUGAGCGCACUAGUAGAGAGCUGGAAGAUGCUUUUUCCAAAGGUAAAAAGAACACUGAAAUGUUAAUUGCUGGAUUUCUGUAUGUUGCUGAUCUUGAGAAUAUGGUUCAAUAUAGGAGAAAUGAACAUGGACGUCGCAGGAAGAUUAAGCGAGAUAUAAUAGAUAUACCAAAGAAAGGAGUAGCUGGACUUAGGCUGGACUGUGAUGCUAAUUCCGUAAACUUAGCAAGAGAGAGCUCUGCUGAUGGAGCGGACAGUAUAUCAGCACAGAGUGGAGCUUCUGUUCAGCCUCUAGUGCCAUCUUCUGUAAGGCCCCUGACUUCAGUAGAUGGUCAGUUAACAAGUCCUGCAACACCAUCCCCUGAUGCAAGCACUUCACUGGAAGACUCUUUUGCUCAUUUACAACUCGGUGGAGACAACAUAGCUGAAAGGAGUCAUAGAGGGGAAGGAGAAGAGGAUCAUGAAUCACCGUCAUCAAGCAGGGUACCCGCACCAGACACCUCCACUGAAGAAACUGAAUCAGAUGCCAGUAGUGAUAGUGAGGAUGUGUCUGCAGUUGUUGCACAGCGGUCCUUGACCCAACAGAGACUUUUGGUACCUACUGCAAAUCAGACAGUAGCUGAUCGAUCAGAUCGAUCAGGAACUGAUCAUUCAGUAGCAGAGGGUGGAACAGUGAGCGUCAGUGUCAGAUCUAGAAGGCCCGAUGGACAGUGCACAGUAACUGAAGUUUAAAAUAGAAGUCUUCACCUCUGUGCUCAAGUUGAAAUGGUUAUCUGUAAAUUUCUGCCCACAUAACAUUACACUCAUCCCUAAUAGUGCAUUUUGGGAGUUGGGGUGGGAUGGGAUAUGGGAAGGAUAGAUCUGUAAUUAAAAUGUCUAACAUGUCUCUGUUGAGAAAUUUAUUUAAUGUAUGGAACUUGGGUGUUAAUAGUUGAGAGCUGUUUAGUAAUAACCCAAUUUUCUUGAGAUUUUGUUUAUAGUUUUUUUUUCUUUUUAUUAUUUUCUUAGUUUCUUCAGUCUGUGUGUGUGUAUUAUCUGUACAUUAAAGGUCCUCAUCUGACUCUUGCAUUGUGUCGUCUUUUUCUGCAUGGAUUGGCAUAAAACCAUUACUAAAAUUGACACUUAGAUGUUUGAUAUCAUUAUGAGCAGGAAGCUUAAUUUAAUGUGAGAAUAUACAUGAAUUUGGGAUUUUAAAAUUGAUGUAUAACAACUAUUUUAUAGUAAAGUUAUUGGACGGGAAUAUAAAGAAAAUAGCUAAUAACUUGUAUUUCAAACUCUUUGUAACACUUCAUGGCGUUACCAUAGGCUUUGCUGUCUAGUCCUUGUAGUUUGAGGUUUCCCUUGGUCCGCAUUUUUCCUUUUGAUUACAAAAUUUAUAAUUUAAUAAAUACUAGAGUUUAUCAAGAA